AUGAAGUUUGUGCUGUUAGCUUUGCUCACUAUUGUCAUUGUUGUCUGUUUGGCGCUUGCUACAGGUUUGUCCUUAAUUUUGAAAAAACAUUUUCUAAAAAUGAUGUUUCUUCAGAAUUCGAUGAAUUCGAUGAGAACGAAGAGUAUCCGCACUAUGCACAUGACGAGGACGUGCAUGAUUUCGAAGAUGAGAGCGAGGGAAAUAGUUUUCUGAACGAAGCAGCUUCAGGUUUUUCCUCAAUGAGUAGGUUGACCGUUUCGUGUUUCGCAACCUAAAAAACAAAAAGAUAAAGCAGUUUCAUUUAGCAAGAGAAGAAGUGAACAAUCACUUCAAGGACAUCAUUCGCGGGUUUUCUGAUAGGGGAUUUGAGGUGGGGUGGUCUCUGCCGUUUUCUUUUUUGCAACACAGAACCAUUUCAGGACUGUGACAACGAUGGAGACGGUUUCCUGGGAGUCGAUGAAGUUGAAUGCUUUAUCGUUGAAAAAAUGGGAUUUUCUGUUAAAACCACAGCCGGAUAUGUUGUUCAUCACUAUGACAGAGAUGAAAAUGGGAAACUGGACAAGGAUGGUGAGCUGAAAUUUGUUAAUGUUUAGAACAGUUCUGGCCGCCGCCACAAUCAAUCGAUAUUGAUAAUAUUUUUGUAGAAAUCUGGAUAAUUGUGGAAGAUAAGGAUACGGCGAUUUUCAAGAUUUUACCCUCGACAAUGGAGAAGAAUAUGCUCUUGAUGCAUGGACUGCAGCAGGAUCAUAUCGAAGCUAAUUAG